AUGGAUCUAGCUGCCCUUUGCGGCUACUUUUGUUGUGGUUGUGGCAUAGCUUGCCUGCUUUCCGUAGCAUUGUACUUGACCCCGAUUAUCUACUUGACGUUGAUCGCCAAACCGCAGGAUUUUCGAAAGAAAUAUGGUGCUUGGGCCGUGGUCACUGGUGGCUCAAGCGGAAUUGGAAAGGCUGUCACUCGAAAACUCGCUUCACAGGGAGUCAAUGUUUGCAUUGUCGCGCUUGACGAUGACUUGCUGCGAAUUACCCACACCGAACUGCAAAAAGAAUUUCCGUCAGUUGAGCUGCGCGCUGUUCCCGUCGAUCUAGGUUCGGAACCAGAUGCAUACAUGGCGAAGAUCGCCACCGCAACGGAAGACGUGCGAGUAUCAAUCCUCAUUAAUAACGCCGGGUUCCUACUCAUGGGCUUUUUCGACCAGCGGCCAAUGGAACAACACAUCGCAAACAUCGAAUGCAACGCCCUCGCCGCCAUGCGUCUCACCCAUUAUUUCUACAACCGAAUGGUCAACCAAAAUAUCAAAGGCUGCAUCACUUUCACAUCCUCUGCCGCUUUCUUCAUGCCCGCUCCUUUCGCAUCGAUGUACGGCGCAACGAAAGCAAUGAUAUCGCAGUUUGCGGUAUCACUAGCACUUGAAGCAAACUCUCAGGGAAUUGAUAUCACUGUGUUUCACCCAUCUUACACUCACAGCAACCUGUACGCAAAAACCCCGAAACUUGAUGUAGUUACAUUUCUUUCAAAGUUUGGCUGGACACCCGAGGACGUGGCCAAUGUAAUUUUCGCGAGCGCAGGAAGAGUUGUAGUCCGAGACAUGGGCGUGUACGCAAUCGCCACGAAUAUGUUGUCCAGAUAUAUUGACUCUGGGUCUUUAGCGAAGUUCAUAAUGCCGUUCGUAGAGUCAAUGGCUCCACCCGGGGCGAUUGCAGAGAGAGGCAAGAAAGAGAAUUAGACUGUGGCCUCAGGUGUCGGCAAGCGCGCGCGUUUAGAGUUCUGAAGAUCUUGACAGAACUCUAAAACAAACGUGAUGAACCUAUGCAUAUAGAGCGCGCGCCCGGAGUUUUGGACUCGGUGUCUCGAAGUGUUCCCCAUCGUGAAAUGACCAUGUUUGGUCUGAAUUCAGUUGUCUCCGCACUUCACACAGCAACUCCAAAACACAGAAACAAGAAUAUGCGACACCCCUCCAUCGCUGGACAUUUUUGGCCUCCAAUCUUGGUGUGCGAUUGGAAUAUCCUGGGUUGAACCCUGUUCUUUUUCUUCUUCAAAUUUGAAGACCAGACUGAAGUGCACUUUGAGUGCACUUUGCGAGUGAUGCAAAUUAGGAUUCCACGAACUUCACUGCAGUGCUUUUCUCAUGAUGUACAAUACACUAACGAUGGUAUUCUUCGGGGUAUCUUCAAGUUUGAAAACUAUUUUUUGGCCCGAUAAAGAAAAGCUGUUUACUCUUG